GCGACAAUUUAAUUUGAAAACAGGCGGCAGCAGCAUCGCGAACAAGGAGAGGGAAGUGAAAAAGUGUAAAAGGAGAGAUGACUACAGAUAAUGAACUGGAUAUUAAGGAGGCGUUUCAGCGCGCACAGAAAGGCCACAACAACAAGGCAAAGCUGGUGGCGAGUCUGAAGAGCCGCUACAACAAGCUCGAGGACAAAACACUUUUCCAUGAGGAAUUUGUCCACUACCUGAAGUACGCCAUGAUUGUGUACAAGCGUGAACCUGUAGUUGAAAAUGUCAUCGAGUUUGUUGCGAGGUUUGCCACAAGUUUCCAGUCUCCACCUAAACCACAGGAGGAGCAGCAGCAGCAGGAGAAUGAUGAUGAUGAGGAGGAAGAGGAAGAAGAUGAAGAUGAUCAUCCUUUUCUGAGUUUUAUCUUUAACUUUCUAUUAGAGUCUCAUAAAGCCAAUAGCCAUGCAGUGCGUUUCCGAGUGUGCCAGCUGAUCAACAAGUUGCUGGGCAGUAUGGCAGAGAAUGCUCAGAUUGAUGAUGACCUCUUUGAUCACAUCCAUCAAGCCAUGCUAGUCCGUGUCACUGACAAGUUCCCUAAUGUGAGGAUUCAGGCUGCUUUGGCCAUGACGCGUCUACAGCAGCCAAGAGAUCCUGACUGUCCCACUAUCAAUGCGUAUAUGUUGAUUCUGGACAAUGAUUCAAAUGCUGAGGUACGACGUGCUGUCCUGUCCUGCAUUGCAAUGUCCCCACAGACCCUGCCCAAAGUACUCAAACGUACCAGGGACAUCAAAGAGAAUGUCCGCAAACUAGCCUACCAGGUUCUGGCUGACAAAGUUCACAUUAAAGCUUUGACCAUCGCACAGAGAGUUGGUCUUUUGCAGCAGGGCCUCCAUGACACCUCAGAAGCGGUGAAGGACGUAGUUUGCUCUCGUCUCCUGCCUGCCUGGCUGCUCCGGCUGGAUGAUAACAUUGUAGAGUUGAUCCACAGACUGGAUGUAGAGAAUUGUGCCCAAACAGCUCUGGAAACACUGAGAGCCAUCUUUAAAGAAAAGCUGACUGAGGAACUGCUGAAGGACAGAGUGCAGCUUGACAGCAGGAAGCUGAUCCCAGUGGACUCUCUGACGUGUGAGACUGUCCUUUACUGGAGAGCUCUGUGUGAGUUCUUCAAGGCUAAAGGAGACGAAGGUGAUGAAUUGCUGGAGCAAGUGUUGGCAGAUGCUGCCACUUAUGCCGACUACCUCUAUGGUUAUCUGAGGGAAGUGCCCGUGCUGUCAGAGGAGCAGAGGGCUGACUUCAACCAGCUUGAGCUUGUCAUGACCAAAGAGUUCAUCUCUCAGCAGCUCAUCCAUCUCAUCGGAUGCCUGGAUACAAAUGAGGAGGGCGGCAGGAAGCGCGUGUUGACAGUUCUGCAGGAGAUGAUGGCUCUUCCACAGACACCGUGCUCCCUGGUCUCUUUGCUCACUGAGAAACUCCUUGCCCUUGUGCCUGAUGACAAUAGACGCAUACAGACUGUGGCAGAAAUCAUCUCUGAUGUGAGGGAGCCCAUCAUGGAGGCCAGUCGACCAGUGGAUGAGAGUGAGAGCCGCCGGCAGCAGGUCCAACUAGCAGAGGUGAAGGUGUGCAUCUUGGAGGCCAAACAAACCCUGGAGGACUGCAUCACCGCCCAGGAGUUCAGCCGUGCAGCAGAGCUGAAGGACUCCAUCACAGAGCUGGAGAACCGCAGGAACCACAUCAUCCGGGAAAUCACAGAGAGCAGCCAGCCAGCGGAAAAGCAGGGCCACACUGAGAAGAAUGACCCAGAGACUCUUCUGAGGUGUUUAACAAUGUGUGCUGAAUUGCUCAAGCAGAUGAACAUCAAGACUCGAAUUGGUCCAACCAUAAGUGCCUUAAUGUCCUCACUGGUCCUACCCAGUAUAGCAAAUGCUCACCCUGCUGUCCGCAACAUGGCUGUGGUUUGUCUGGGAACAUGCACUCUGCACAGCAGGGAACUGGCUAAAACCCACAUGGUCCUGCUGCUACAGAUAGCACAGCUGGAUGAGGUAAAGAUCCGCAUCAGUGCUCUGCGGGCCAUCAUCGACCUGUUGCUGUUGUUCGGCUUCCAGCUGCUCUCUGAAACAAGUGCCACUCAGACGGUGCCACCCUCCCAGUCACCUGACAGACAGGAAGAGGACUCACUGCCUGUGGCUGAGGAGAAGGGAGAGGUACCAGAGGACACUGCGCAGAGUACCCUUGUGAUGCUCUCCGAGUUCCUCGACAGCGAGGUGUCUGACCUGCGAACUGAAACUGCAGAAGGUCUGGCCAAACUCAUGUACACCGGUCACAUGUCCAGUGCUAAGAUGUUUUCCCGCCUGGUGUUACUGUGGUACAAUCCCGUCACAGAGGACGACACGCGUCUGAGACACUGUCUCGGAGUCUUCUUCCAGCUCUACACCCGCGAGAGCAGGGUUCACCAGGAGGUUGUGGAGGAGAGUUUCCUCCCCACUGUGCGGACUCUGCUGAAUGCCCCAGCCACCUCUCCUCUCGCUGAGGUGGAUAUUAACAAUGUGGUUGAGCUGUUUGUGGAGCUGACUCGACCUAGUGCACUUAUUAAACCCUCGACCAACACAGAGGAGUUGUGUGUCCAUGACUACCUGGCGGUGCGUUUGUGUGGGGAGAUGCUGAAGGACCCGACAGCCCCAGAAAUCCGUCUCUACGCCAAGACUCUAAGCAACCUGGAGCUCAGCAGAGACGAGACUGUCAAGAAAGACCUGCAGACACUGCUGCAGCAGCUUGUACAGGUGGUGAGGGAUCGCGUUUGUCUUCGUGCUCUGGAGAAGAUGGUUUCUCAACUUGUGGACUCAAAGGAGCAGGCCGAGCUUCUCAGUGCCAGCGCACUACAACCAGUGGAUGUCAAUACAGAUGAAGCUGCAACAGAAGAUCUGUGCAAAUCUGCCAAGAGAACUAAAAGAGGUCAGAGGAAAGUCUGUGCAGCUAAAGGAGGCAGAAAGUCGAGCAGGAGAGCCGAGUCAUCAGAAGAGAGUGAUGGAGAAAACGUCCCUGUGGUGCGCACAACAAGGAGAACCAGACCUGCAGCUCUGGAGAAAACAAAGCUGGACCUCAACAACCUCAUCAACCAGGAAGCCAAUGUGUCAUAAAAACUCUGCUGAUGAGCCGUCAGUGUAAAAAUAAAACUCAAAGUAGUUACUUUUAACCUUGUUACGUACUCCACUUCAUUAUAUUCAAAAAUAAUUUUCUAAUGUACAACAUUUAGUGAAACUGAUGUCAUUGACUUGUCAUUUUAAUCUCAGAUAUGUCAAUAAAGCUUGAGCUUAUCAUUAAAACAA